ACGAGCGUCUCAGACGCUGCCUGUCGCGCGUUGAAGAACAUAACGGACAGCAGGAUGACUGGUUAUGGGUUAAAAAGCAGGGAACAGGUGCGGUGAGCUCGCACCUCAAUAGUAUCAGCGGAUUGAUCAUGUAAACGACUUGCAACCAAGUCACUGACGACAAGGGUGGUAUUGAUCUCGAAUCAAUCUGAAUGGAGAAGGAGGACUUCCACUAAGAUGACACGCACAGAAACCCCUGACAUACUGGUGUCCACGCUCUAUCAGGACUUCAAGCUCAACCCUAUCACUGGGCACGCCAUUUCUCUCAGCCCCUUCCCACAAUGUGACUCACAAAUGAUCGACAAACCGGAAAUCAUCAACAAAAGACACUGCCGUAGCUUUGACUACAUCGAGUCACUGGACGACCCGCAGUCCAUUUCUGCCUCGAUGGAGUACCCCUACAAGAGGCCAGAGCAUCAGCCAGUGAGUAAAGAUGGGAUCUGGAAUGGCCUGGAUCAGCCAGGACAUCUCCGUUUCUCCUCCCCGGAUCUGUUCAACACUAGACAACCCCCACAGUACCUCAGCCGGGACAAAAACAGCCAGACCAUCAGGACAGAUUCGAAGAAGAGGACCAGGUCUAAAAGUGCUCCCAGGGUCAAGACCAGCCUCACCCCUGUGCCCAUCACAGUCACCCCCAUAGCAGGCGGGAACGUGAGGGAACCCCCCCAGGCUGCAGAGUCUCUGAGGGCGUCUGAAACGCAUCCCUACUCCACAAACCGGGCUUUUCUGAACGACGUCCACCCCAUCAAGCUGCAGCCGCACUCUCCCCUCUUCGUGUCGGACUGCUUCGAGGAGAGCAAGCACGAGAAGCCGGCCAUCGCUCCUCACGUCAGGUGCCGGGUGGACAUCAAGCCGGACGCCUCCGACCUGCAGCACGCGGUCAGACGGGCUCCCAGCCUGAGCUCGGAGCGUUCGUGGCAGAGAUACUCCCAGGCCAGCGGGAGCAGGGGACUGUACGUCCCUCGCCAGACCAUCGUCUCGCCCACGCCAACACCAAGCGAAUGCUACAGUGGAGAUUUCCGACAGGGGUAUCCCUACACCCCCUGCAUCCCCCCCGGCUACAUCCAGCCUCUAGACAUGCACAGGGUCCCAUCUCCCAUAAUGCCUAGGGAGUACCUGGGAAGGGAGCAGAGGGCGUACUCCAGCCCUAACAUACCCACCAAGUUCUUCUACACCGAGGACCCGGUUAGAUACUCGACUUCGAGGGCGUACUACCAGGACGAUCAGUCCAGCCUCACCAGCCAAGGCAGCACCCUGAACAGUCAGUAUCAGCAGGAUCCACGUUCUCGCUGGGCUCACACCCUCCCCGUCAGGCCCUAUUACACGGACCUCAUGCCCAGCCGAUACCCCCCGCAGACCGUCUACAGCAGGCCGUACUCGGUAACCGAGCCAGGGGCAUACUUUACUCCUCCGCCACAGGCUCGAUCCUACUACGGGGAGGAUCCGCGAGCGUUUCCCUGCCAGCCUAACGCCUCCCGGGUGCACUACGCCAGGCCUUUCAACCCUCCAGCUGAGCCCUAUGUUCCUCUGAGGGCCUACAACACUGAGGGCCGCCGGCGCCCUCGCCUGUCCCAGGCGAACACGGAUGACUGGUAUCGCUCCAGCAUAUCCGGGUACUCCAACCAGUCUUCUCAGUUUACACCCCCAAGAGUGAGGCAGGACCCCAUGAUGGCCCCGUGGUAUACAAACAGCUACGUGGAGCCGACCCCACUGGGGUCAGAGGUCAGGAACCACUCCAAAUCGUGGGAUAAUAUCCUCUAUCCCCGCCACGAAAGGGAGCAGGCGGUACAGCGAGGACGCAGCUACGAAAACCUGUUUUACCAGACGAGGAGGCACGCUAUGCCCCCUAUGGACACCACGCAGCCAGUCAUAGUGAACCUGUCCAGUUCACCCAGGCGCUAUGCUGCCUUGUCGCUCUCAGAGAACUCGUUAGAUAAAGGCCCUCAUCAUUCUGGGCGGAGCAGCAAGAGUGGGCUGUGGUUCGUGACCCCGGAGAUCACCAUAACAGACAAUGACAUCCGUGCAGGCAGCAAUAACCAGAGAGACAUGCGCUCCACCAGCUGGGAUGCCCUGGAUGGUGACACAGCACAAACCCCCGGAGCACCACGCCAGGAGUCACCGUCCAACCCGACAGAAACGACCAAAGACAGGAAACACAACAACUAUUCCCUGCAGCAGAGUCUAGAGCAACUCGAUGAGCUGCUGGCCGAUCUCGUUAUCGACUACAAACCCCCAGCCAACAGGAGACCGAGUGAAGAUCUGCUGGACCAACUGAAACAACUGAUAAGCGAAGACAACGAAAAUGGAACAAGGGCGCCUCCGGGCCUGGAGAGUCAAGGACCUCCAAGCGUCACAAAACCCAGCCCCUGCAUGGUUAAGGACCCAGACAGUGGCUGCGAUGCUUUGCAGAAGAGUACAGAGGAGUGUUCUCCGGACCACAGCACGGACGACGAUGACACCAUGGUCUGUGCCAACAGGAAGUGCAAGAGGACGGAGACUCUGUUCAACGCCUGCCUGUACUUCAAAUCCUGUCAUAGCUGCUACACGUUCUACUGCUCCCGAAACUGUCGCCGGGACGACUGGGACUCCCACAAAGGAAACUGUCUGUACGGACGCAUCAGCAGCGUGUGCAGGCACAUCCUCAAGUACUGCAGGGAGAAUGCAGAGAUCCACAAAGCCUUCUCCCGCGUUGCUAAAGCUGGCUACCUGUCCAGGGGGAGAGGAGUCCUCUUCCUGGGUUUCGCUAACCCGGGGACCGCUGACAACUUCCUGCAGGUCGGACUGCAGAGCCUCUUGAUGUCGCCCACGUACUUGUCCCUGAGAGAGCUGGAUGGCUUCAAGGACAACCUGGGGAACUACUGUAAGGAGUUGCAGCAGGCUGGGAAGGGUUAUGACCCCGAUGAAUGUUUCCUCUUGAAUGUGUCCAUUGCUGUUGGUGAACUAGUGCCUAACAGACCCUCUCCGAGAGUCCAAGCACCGACAGUCCGAAAAUAUGCAAAGGUCUCCCUGGCGUCGUCCAGCCCGGACAAAAAGGUCGUCAAGAAAGAGAGCGACCUGGAAACUCUCAUUCUCACCCCUCCUCCAGGCACACCUGAUAUCGACAAAGAGGGAGAGGAGGGGAGGAAGGCCAGAGAGAUAUGCUUCAUCAAUAUCCAACGCGAGCUCAAGACCAGGGGAGUCUUCCUGCGUCACGAGUAUCCGAAGAUCUACCAUCAGCUGUGUGAGUUUGUCGAGAGCAACAAGAGGUUCACCCCCACGACCAUCUACCCCCUUGACAAGAGGACGGGGAAACAGUUCAUGUGCAUGAUCAUGGCUGCGUCAGAGCCCAGAACUCUGGACUGGGUGGGGACACCUCAUCUCCUCGAUGACAUCAUAUAGUUAGUGAGAGCGCAUAUCAGCUGAUGUCAUCUGCAGGGUGUGUACUGUACACACACUGCAGUACGUGCUGUAGUCUGUAUAAAGCAGUGUUUUCUCAACUCUGGUCCUCAAUUACCCCCUGUCCUGCAUGUUUUA